GUAGUGCAACUCUUCACUUUUUUUUCGUUUUUUUUCUUCUUUUUGUUAGUUAUACCGGCCCGAUCAUUGCCACUGUUAGCAGUGGUCGCUGCGGCUGGUUCAACAACAUCAUAUACCUUCGUCUCUUUGGUUUGUGGUUUGCUAGUGUACGUCGUGUUAGUUCUUGUGAGAAUGCAGGCUUGGGGUAAUCGAUUUGGUGGUCUAGUUUUGCCGGCGAGCUAGUGGACUUUUUCAGUGCGAGAGUAAUUCCCCUUUUUUGGCUUGUAUGGAGAGAGUUGGUUGGUAGCCUUCGAGAGCGAUUACAGGGAUUAAUCCUCCAUUAGUCUUGGAUGUAAGAAUUCCAUUGUGGAGCACUGGAUGUAGAUAUUUUCGCAUGAUCAUUUCGUGAAUUGCUGUUAUCCAGAUAACUCUUCCAAUCCGUUAGACUGGCAGCGUUGUAGUUUACAUGGCGUGGCUCGGCAGAUUAUUCGAUGCUCCGAGCUCAUCUACUUACCGCUACCAUGAAGGCGACGAGUAUCCUGAUUACACUAACAUCCCUCGCCAGAGUCACGGUGGUUGGCAAGGCCCUAAUAUCUUCCAGGAUUCGAGGAGUAUUGAAGGGUCUUCAUCAUACUCGGAGGAGAUGCCUUCUUACACCAACAGUAUCAGGCCCUCAUACUCGAGCGACAUGCCGUUACAUGCCUACAACAUACCAUACAACUCUGACGACGGGCCCUCACAUUCCUAUGAUAGGUUCCCAUACGAGAUUGUUGCACCGCCACCGGCAAACACUAAUGACACGCCCACUUAUCACAACGAAAGAAUCUCGUACCCACAGAUUGAUGCCGCUUCCAUGGAGGCCACUGAUCACGCCAUUGCGCUGGCUCUCUCUGAAGAAGAGAAUCGAGGAAGCAAACAUAUGCCUAGCACGGAUGCUGAUGAGGAGCUAGCAAGAGCUUUACAGGAUAGUUUGGACCUCCAGUAUCGUGCUUCACGGAAGGAAAAAAGCCCCAGCACCCGCCCUGCAGUGCUCAAACCAACCGCAACGAAUAUUUGCGCUGGAUGUAAGCAACCUCUUGGAUAUGGGCGCUUCUUGAGCUGCUUGGGGAAGAAUUGGCAUCCACAUUGCUUCGCUUGCAAAAUGUGCAGCAAACCUAUUGACGAUCGAGAGUUUUCAGUCCAAGGGGGUGAUCCCUACCAUCGCAACUGCUAUAAGGAGUUGUUCCACCCCAAGUGCGAAGUUUGUCUCGAAUUCAUUCCCACAAAUGAGGAUGGGAUGAUAGAAUACCGGUCGCAUCCAUUCUGGAAUCAGAAGUAUUGUCCCAGUCAUGAGAUUGAUGGCACGCCACGCUGCUGUAGUUGUGACCGCAUUGAGACCGGUGAAGUGAAGUACGCAGGCUUAGAGGAUGGACGCAAGAUUUGCUUGGAGUGUUUAGAAACCGCUGUGUUUGACACCAAAGAAUGCCAACCUCUUUACCGAGAGGUACUGAAAUUCUAUAAGAACGUCGGCAUGAUGAUAGAUCAAGAAGUUCCUAUGCUCCUGGUUGAGCGCACCGCUCUCAACGAGGCACGAGAAGGCGAGAAAGAGGGAAUACACAUGACGUCGGAGACAAGAGGACUUUGUCUUUCCGAGGAGCAAACUGUCACCACGGUGUUCGGAGGAAAAUCGUCUUUCCCCAGGCUUUCUUUCAAUUUUUGGACCGAGCCAAAACAUCUCCGUCGUCACUGUGAAGUCACCGCCAUCCUUGUUCUCUAUGGUCUCCCCAGGCUGCUUACGGGAUCUAUCUUAGUUCAUGAGCUUAUGCACGCAUGGCUACGUUUGGCAGGAGGAUUUCCUCGCAUGCGCCCUGAGGUGGAGGAGGGCAUAUGCCAAGUCAUGUCACACAUAUGGCUAUCAGCAGAGCUCAAGCGAGCGGAGAAGAAAGACUCCACCAGUGCCAAAGGCAUCACUAGCCCUGCUCAAGAGCGUCUGGGCAAGUUCUACCUCUACCAGAUUUCCUCUGACACGUCUCCCGUUUACGGAGAUGGGUUUCGCCAGGCGCUCGCGUCAGUGAACCGGUAUGGGCUGGUGAGAGUUCUGGAGCAUCUUCGAAUGACGGCAAACUUCCAAGUCUGAGUCACGAAGCAAAACUCGGAUGUUUUCUGCGCUUCAUGCAUUACUCCUUAGGAUUAAAACAAACUAGGUGGAAGACAAGACCGCAUCUUAUACUCCAUAUGAAGCUUUAGUAUACUAGAGUAAACGCCCAUUGAAAAGAGUGGGAGAGUCUCAUCAUGGUGCCAUUUGCUCCACGAAACUCAGAAAAUGUACAGUAUAGAAGCAGAACCCUAGAUUUCUUUUUCUUUUUCUGAAGGCGAGAACAUGUACAUGGAGGAUUCCAAUUUGGCUUCUCCACAUGGAGAAACUGUCUAAAUUUUUAAGUCUUCUUUGCAGAUAACUAACUGUCGAGGUUUGCAUCA